CUCCAUUUCAUCCAUCCAGGGUGACGCCAGUCACCCCGCCCCGUUCAACUCAGUCCACCGCGUUCAUUUCAUUCCUGCUCCCAUUCCGCGCAUAUUUCGCAUCCUUGGAAAGACCCGGCGUAUUUUACGCACUCGGCGCGCCCGAUCCCCCGUCAGACCAAAUCCGAGUGGACGAUCGUGAGUUGCCAGGAGACCUCACACACGCAGCGGAUGCACCCGUGUGCGGAAAAGUGUGGGAAUUUAGCAAGAAUCAACCAAUUGAAUCGGGGUUCCCUGCCACAUGCCCUGGGAUUUUGACCAACAUCUCUCUUUUCUAUGGUUUGCCAACCAAUUUUGAGGCAUCAUUUUGGAUCGUAAACAAUUUGGGGCUAACCCUCCAAAACCAACUAGUUUUUUUUUGCUUGUGCACUGACCGCACACCAGCUUGUCAACAUUUAGCUGCCAGGAUGGAGCGCAGCAGUUGGAGUGGCAGUGAGAGUCCCGGGGACGACAUGGACAGACUGAGUGACUCUGGAGGGGACAAGACAAUGGACGGAGACCCUGAGGGGGUGUGGAGUCCUGACAUUGAGCAAAGCUUCCAAGAAGCUCUUGCCAUUUACCCGCCAUGUGGAAGAAGGAAAAUUAUAUUGUCGGAUGAAGGGAAGAUGUAUGGUCGAAAUGAGCUUAUUGCAAGAUACAUCAAGCUCCGCACAGGAAAAACGCGGACAAGGAAACAGGUUUCCAGUCAUAUUCAGGUAUUAGCCAGAAGAAAAUCAAGGGAGUUCCAGUCCAAGAUAAAGGAUCACAAUGCCAAGGAAAAAGCACUACAGAGCAUCUCGUCCAUGUCCUCUUCUCAGAUCGUUUCAGCUACUGCCAUACACAGCAAGCUGCUGCCGGGAAUUGUGCGAGCCAACUUUGCCGGCAACACACAGCUAUGGCAGGGGAUGAUCCCUGGAGGACAGUCCAGUUCCGCCUCAGAAGACAUCAAGCCGUUCUCGCAGCAAGCCUACUCGGUGCAGACAGCGGGGACCACCACAAUCACAGGUUAUGAGCGUCCCGCAGCCGAGUCUCACAGAGAGCCAGCGUGGCAGGGUCGCUCGAUCGGCACCACUAAACUAAGACUAGCGGAGUUCUCAUCGUUUUUGGAAACCCAACGAGACCAAGAAGCAUACAACAAGCACCUAUUUGUGCACAUCAAUCAGACUAAUCCGAGCUACAGUGACCCCCUGCUGGAGUGUGUGGACAUCAGGCAAAUCUAUGACAAGUUUCCUGAAAAGAAGGGCGGCCUUAAGGAGCUGUUUACCAAGGGUCCUCAAAACGCCUUCUAUCUCAUCAAGUUUUGGGCUGACCUUAAUUAUAAUGUCCAAGAAGACCCAGCGGCCUUCUACGGGGUCACUAGCCACUAUGAGAGCUCAGAAAACAUGACUAUCACCUGCUCCACCAAGGUCUGCUCUUUUGGCAAGCAGGUUGUCGAGAAGGUGGAGACGGAGUACGCCAGGUUUGAGAACGGACGUUUUGUCUACAGAAUCAGUCGCUCUCCGAUGUGUGAAUACAUGAUCAACUUCAUCCACAAGCUCAAACACCUGCCGGAGAAAUACAUGAUGAACAGCGUACUGGAGAACUUUACUAUUCUGCUGGUUGUGAGCAACAGGGAUACUCAGGAGACCUUGCUGUGCAUGGCCUGUGUCUUUGAGGUGUCAAACAAUGAGCAUGGAGCACAGCACCACAUCUAUCGUCUCAUCAAGGAAUAAUUGCAGCCCCCAACACACACACACACACGUAUGGCCUUUUCAUGGUGUAAGAAUUUGACAUUUAAAGUGAAAUGUCAGAAUAUUUAAUCUACAAAAGUGUCUUUGAAUCAGAGAACUCCCCUCUAGGAAAAAAAUAAGCUGCACCAUCAUAACCCCUGUGAGACAAGUUUCAUUUCAACCGAAUAUGUCAGAUCUGAUGUAAGUAAAGUUUCUGAUAUCGCCUGAUGAUAUCACAUCUCCAUGAGGCUCAUCUCCAGCUACUGCCAGUUAUUUUCUAAUUUUGUGUUGCGUAUCUACUUGAAAACAAAACAAAAGCAAAUAUUUCUCAAUUCCUAAGACUGCGUGUGUGUAUGUGUGUGUCUUAAAGAUCAGACCCUGUGUAUCAUCAAUAAUCAUUGCAAGUUCAUGUUAGGGGGAAUAACACUACCACAUUGUCAUAUAGAACAGUACAGAGGUGCUUUUGUAAAGAUAGAAAUGUUAACUUGUGCAAGCUACACAUCUUGCACAAAAAAUGGUCUGUCCCAAAGAAAAUCAAAUUUUUCUAACAUUUUCUAUGUUUUUGUCACAAAAGAAAAGAUAGCCUUUACAUUUUGGGAAAUUAUUAUGAAUAGAAUAUAUAUACACUAUAUUGUAACUCCAGGAAAAUUAUCAAAAAAUGUAUGUUAUUAAAAAUUUAUAAGCAAAAUUAAACAAUUCAGGUACAUUUUUGUGAAACAGCACUGAUUUAGAUGUAGUGACAAUGUGAAAUAUCAACUAUGUUGUAAAGGAUCUUUUGCAAAGCACUGUGAAUUUUAUAAACUAUGUAACACAGUUGCUCAUCAUGUACAAAAUGGGAGAACGAUUAAAAAAAGGAUGAUGUCCCUCCAAAUAAACGUUCAGUCGAUUUAUACCAGCUUACUUGAGCUUUAACACGUUAACCAACUUAUGUGUUUCAAAAGACUGAAAGUCUGCUAAUGUUCAUAUUGAUCAUUACAGGCACGUGGCCUCAUUAUUAUUAUUUUUUUAAUCUUUAUUUUUUAGUUGUUGACUAGGGCACAUUAAACACCUAAAAACAGCACCUUCUUUCCUGUUUGGUUACUCGCUAAGAAAUACAUUUAUGAUACACAAACCAAAAGCUGUGCACUGUAGCAGAUGGCAUUUGCUGGUUGGUCCAUAUCAUCCUAAAUGGCCAUGCUAAAGUGCCUUUUGUCUAAAGUGUCUUCUCUUUACCACCAAAUACCAUUCCAUGUUUUUUCCCUCCCCUCUAAUAUUGUACUAAUGUCUUAUCGUCAUUGUCUUGUAGCAUGUAUUCCUUCCCACGUAAAUAAAACACGGCGUCUUUUGAUAAAAGCAGCAUCUGGUCGCGUACAUGUAUCUUUGUGUUGUCAGAUGACUCAUUCAAAACAACGUCUGUGUUCUCCGUUGAAAUAUUGUAUCUAUUGAUCAUUCUGUUCAUCGUUGAGAUUCCACACCACUGACGUUUGGUGGUGUGUCACCACCAAAUCUUUGUGGAUACAUUUUGUCAUGAAGGUUCAUGCAUUCAAUGAGAAUAUUGACUGUUGGAGGAUUUCAAAGAAAAUUUUAAUUCUGUCAGAAAAACUGAAGAGAAAAAAAGUACAGUAAAAAUGGAAAAGAAACCUGAUGGGCUUCUCGCUGAAUCCUGUAAUUUAAGCGUAUAUUUUUUUCCAGUACAUAAUCUGAUCCUCUAACUGUUUCACCUUUUUUUUUUAAACAUACUUUUGGGACACUUUUGAUCAACUUGGUUGACACUCCUCCAAAAAGAGAAUGUCAAAUGAAAUGGUGAAUAUUUGAUGUAUUUCAAAACGCGCCUGCUACGUUCGUGAAUGCCUGCUGUGUUGUUAAUACUGUCUUAGAAGAUUUAGAAACAUACAUGGCACAGCAACUCAGUAACAUGUUCCCAAAUGGCCUUGAAUAUUUGUUCCCCAUCGUUUGAGUAAUGGGAGAUUUUUAUUUGUUUGUUUUUAAGGUGCUUUGUAUAAAGGUGACAAUGACGUUUAUUACAGAUGUUGUGUAUAUCUUUGAUAUUCUAAUAUCCAUCCUGUUUUGUGAAAAAGAGAGUACAUGUAAGAGAACCGAAAUGCUCGUGGUGUGUCUAUUGGUACCGCACAGGGUCUGAUCUUUGCUUUGUAACGUUUUCCCCUCUAAAGUAUGUUAGAUAUUUUCUAGCUUUGUAGAGACUUUGUAUGCUUAUGCUAUUCACUUUCAAAUAAACGGCCAGUUCUGAA